UUUAAACUCUACUUAAAGGCAAGCCAAGCCGUAUAAAGUGGUGGCUAAUGAGCCCGUUGCCUUGUAGAUAUGCGUUACUAAAAAAACCGGGAGAUUUUGAGCCACAGGAGUGUUUUUAUCCGAGAUGUUUAAAUGCCCAGAUCCAUCCGUUAGUUUCAUCGUUUUUUAAUCUUGGAAACGAUCGAAUUAUAUUGAGAUAUUGUCAUUUAAAUCCGGCAGUUAAUGAGACAAAGCUUCGGGAUUGUCUAAGAUAUACGCCGUCACAUUUUCGUUGGGCGGGGACGGAUAUGUUUAAUGUGACGAAUGCUCAUGGACAACGGCAGAUGAUUAUUGUAGAGACGAAUUCAUGUCCGUCAGGGCAAAAAAGCAUGCCUUUAUUAUCGGACAUUGAUGAACAUGGAGGAUAUCAUACAGUUUUGUCGACAGCGUUUCAGAGUUCACUUUCUCAUUCUGACCCGGAACUUGGUGGAUUAGCAGUAAUUUAUGACAAAAAUGAAAUGGAGGCGACUGGGUAUGCUACGGUAAUGGCAGACCUUACACAUGAAUCGGUAUGGAUGGCAGAAUUUUAUGAUGGUGAUCCGAAUCCUCCUGUGAAAUGGGAAGAUGGCAUUCUACAUGUUCGUGAUAAAGAAAAUAUAUGGCAUUCAAUUCGUGCAUGUUUUCGUUAUGUAACAAAAGCACCAUGGAACAGAAUUCCAUUAAAAACUCGGACAUUGGUGUUGAAUAGUGUCAUUUCAUGUCUUGCAGGAGGAAGAAAUAAGAUGAUGGCGGCAAGAGCUUAUGAAUUAUUUAAUGCGGAAAUGGCAGGAACAGGCUUAAUGAUUCGAACUCCAGAAACAUUAAAUAAUAUCUCAAAAAGCGAAAUUCCAUUGAUCAUUUCAAGCUGGGGAGGCCAUGCAGUAGUUAAAGUUCCCUAUAGUAAUGCUGGUCAAGGCGUGUAUAUUAUUACAAAUCAAAAAGAAUUGCAAGAUUUUAUGUGUACAGAACAUCGUUAUGAUAAGUUUAUUGUUCAGAGUUUAAUUGGAAAUGCAAGUUGGAGUAGUAUUACGAGAGAAGGGAUGCAGUACCAUAUUGGAAAUAUACCAGAUAAAAAGGGAAAAACAUUUGUUUCAGAUCUUCGUUGUAUGGUAACGGUUGGUGAUGUAGGCGGAUUCCAACCAGUAGCAAUCUACGGAAGGCGUGCGAGGAAACCUUUGUUAAGAAAAUUGACUGAUGAUCCUUUGACAACCAGUUGGGAGAUGUUAGGAACGAACCUAAGCAUAAAAUUGCCUGAUGGAUCAUUUAGCACAGAGUCUCAAAGAUUGGUUUUAAUGGAUAGAAAGGAUUUUAACACUCUGGGUAUAUCAUUGGAUGAUUUAAUUGAAGGUUAUGUACAGACGGUAUUGAGUGUGAUUGCGAUUGAUAAAUUAGCAAAACGAUUGAUUAAUGUUGAUACGGGGGAAUUCGAUAUGGAACUUUUCCGCGCAUUAAAUCCUGAUGAUCGUCUUUUAGAAGAAAUUAUGUAAUAAGAACAUUUAAAGCAAUUUCUUUUUUAUAUAUUGCAUAACCA